CCCGGGCAAUUUUUACCGUCGCACCAAAUAAACAUGGCGGCCUCCUCGCAGUCAGACGUGUGUGAGAAACACACAGAAACAGAAAUUGACACUGCAAUGGAAACGGACGAGGGUUUGCGCAGCGAGAAUGGCGAUGAAACAGAGCAGAAAGACGCUUCCAACAACGGACAAGAGGCAGAGGACCCGUUCAAGAAACCCGCUAUUUUUGCUGCGCCUUCCCUCGCCAGUAAACGCGGCGCGGCUCCGUCCAAAACAGCAACAGAACCCGACGGAGAAAAGGAGAAAGACCAAACAGAAGGACAAGACGGCGGCUUCUCAGCCCCCAGUCCUGCAGAUGAAAACAAAACCACGGACAAGCGGCGAGAAGGGGGUGAACAAGACGACAAGGAAAAGGUCGUAGCUGCUGUCAAGCCGAGGCAGGACGCUAAGCCCAGGGUGCUGCCUGCCAGAGGGCCACCGGCGGGCAAGUUCCCCCCGCUCCCGUACACGGAGCCUCCGUGGGGCGGGGUGGCACCGGAGACCUCUUAUGGUCUUGAAAUCCUCAAGAACGGCACCAUAGUUGAUACGGUGCCCCUCACACACAAGAGCUACUUUGUGGUCGGACGUUUACCUGUGUGUGAUGUAUCCCUGGAGCACCCCUCCAUCUCCAGGUACCAUGCGGUCAUACAGUACCGGGGGCGGCCCGGAGGCGAGGCCGGGGAGGAAAGAGGCUUUUACAUCCAUGACUUGGGCAGCACACACGGCACCGUGGUCAACAAGAACAAAAUGCCCCCGAAGACCUACAUCAGACUUCGUGUUGGGCACGUAAUGAAGUUUGGUGGCAGCACCAGGCUUUUUAUCCUACAGGGUCCGGAAUCCGAUGAGGAAGAGGAGUCUGAACUAACAGUAACGGAACUGAAGGAGCACGCCCGCAAACAGAGAGCAGAGCUGGAGAGGAGGAUGAUGGGAGAAGGGUCUGAUGAUGAUGAGGAGGAGGAGAAGGAUGGAGAGAGUGGAAACGAGAAGAGCCAGGGCAAAAUGUCAAGUGAAGAUUCAGGCUGUUCUUGGGGAAUGGCCGAGGAGGCGGCCCCAGAGGAAAACGAGGACGAGGAAAACCCGUUUGCCACAGAGUUUCAUGAAGACCAGGAAGCCGCCUACUUGAAAGACCCCAAGAAGGCGCUGCAGGGCUUCUACGACAGAGAAGGGGAGGAGCUGGAGUUUGAAUACGAAGACAAAAACCACGGCACUUGGCUUUGCAGAAUAAAGCUGCCAGUGGAUGAUGCCAUGGGCAGGCAGCUGGUCGCUGAGGUGACUCACACCGGGAAGAAGAAAGAAGCAGCCGUCCAGUGUUGUCUGGAGGCCUGUCGCAUCCUGGAGGCCAGAGGGCUUCUGCGUCAGGAAGCAGUGUCCCGUAAGCGCAAGAAGAAGAAUUGGGAAGACGAGGACUACUACGACAGCGACGACGACACCUUCCUGGACCGCACUGGUGCUGUGGAGAGGAAGAGGCAGGAGCGCAUGAAGAAAGCCGGCAAGAUCGAAGAGCGGCCUGACACCUACGAGUCACUGGUGGCCAAACUGGCAGAGGUGGAGAAGCAGCUGGCAGAGAACCAGAAAAAACUCAGUGCUGGAGGGAAAGACUCGUCUUCCUCUUCCACUGAGGAUCCCCUGGACGCCUUCAUGAGCGCAGUGCGAACUGAGGCGGCGAUGGAUGCCGUGGAGCGGAGGAAGCUCCAUGUGCACGUGGCCGACCUGCGCAAAGAGGCCCAACGCAUUCGGAAGCUGGUUGAGCUCACACGGCCUGCCCAGAUGCCCUCGCUACAGCCAAGAUGUGACAGUGGCACGGCAGACCCACAGAAGCCUAAGAAGGCCUUACCGUUGUUUGGUGCCAUGAAAGGAGGCAGCAAGUUCAAACUGAAGACUGGCACCAUUGGGAAGUUGCCCCCUAAGCGUCCAAACUUGCCUGCAGAGCUCUUCGAUAUGAAAGAACUUCCACCAGGAGGAGAAGAAGAAGAAGAGGAGGAAGAGGAAGGAGAGGUGGAAGAGGCAGAGACACAUAAAGAUAAUGAUCAUAAAGAAUCUGCAGGGAGUGCUGAGUCAAAUGCUGAGCUUCAAGAGUGCAGUACAUCCCAGCGCCAAAGAGCCCAGCCGGCACAGAUCCACAAGUCCACAGCAGAGCAACGUGCUAAACAGAGCAGAGAGGAGGAGUCUGCGCCUCACCACAGCACCAAGAGGGCGCCGGCCCCAUCAAGUCCAGAGUCCAAAGCAGGAGAAGAGGAAGAGCCAGCAGCCAAUCCCAGCCCCAAGAGGAGUGGCAAAAAGAAAGUCAUUGGCCCCAGCAGGCCCCCGGUGCCGCUCUCAGCACAGUAUCCUGAAGACGACCCAGAUUAUUGUGUCUGGGUGCCUCCGUCAGGUCAGACUGGAGAUGGCCGCACCCACCUAAACGACAAGUACGGCUAUUAAGAGAAGACCCAAGAGAAUUACCACAUUUUAGACUGCAGAUUAUACCUGCAGCCACACAAAGCUUUCAAUCUCCUUAACUGUGACCAUCCAGCCCCAACCCACUUCACUUCUGUGUGCCACUGAUACGUGAAGCACCGCCUCAAGACCUGAGGACACUCAGCUUAGGAGAGCCUGAGAGAAAAUGUGAUAUUACAGAGCCUAUAAAAGACUGAAGAUGGACCAAAAGUCAUGACUUGUCUUCUUGUUACUUUGAGGGAGUUGGAGGAGGACAAGUGGAGAUAAUGAGGAUGCACCUUUCAUUUAUCCUCUGUCCCUUCAGCUUUUUAGAUGCAUUUGCAUUCUCUCAGCGUGCGACAAACAAAAGCACACCGCUCCAAUUCACAUUAGCUGAAAUUGGCGAGGGUGAGUAAUAGCCCCCCCCUCCCCCCUCAGCGCAGACACUGGGCAAAAGGCCUGCUGGCACUUUUUUCACUUGCGCAAAUAACAGAAAUAGGUAGCACUUGAAUUUUGUCCUUCAUUUGAAUCGUCUGUCUUAUAUAUCAUCCAAGCGGAAAAUAGAGGAGGACUGACCAAAAGUGUGAUCUCGAUUCAGAUUUCUGAAUCUUUGGCUGCUCCUCUUGUAGUUAAAUCCACCUGACAUCCAAUCUGUAUCCCUCCCCUACUUGGCUUCGGUCGAAUGCUGGCAUAACCUUUUUUUUUUUUUUCCAAAAAGGAGAAUGUGUAGCAGAGAGAGAAAGAGGGAGAGCAUUGAAGCAGCUUUUCUGACCAUCUGGACACUUGGAUGGCUUACUGGAUGAAACGCAAGCUGAUAAUGACUCAAGCUGAGUGUAGGGUGUGCGUGUCCGUGUGCAUGUACGCACACACACACACUCACACAAACACGCAGCGCCUGUCCCUCUCAAAGUUCUCUUUUUAACAAGAUUCUCUUUAUGAGUGACUCAGCUAUUGGUGUGCGUGUGUUUGCCUAGAGCAGGAUUCCUCUGUGUCUGAAAUCCCACAGUACUGUUGUUCCACUGGUUUCCUGCCAUGCUCUCUCCGCCCUCUUCUUCUCUUGUCCUUUCUCAAAACAUCGCUCAGCCUCUAACUGUGAGGGUGAAGAAAUGUUAAAAGCCGUCAAAAAGUGUAUUUUGUAACAUUUGUAUAAUAAAGUUGUCUGUACAUUGGCUGUUUCCA